AUGACGUCAGUAAUGGCUUCCGAUAUAUCAUUUCGUACUUGCAUGUAAACUUGAUUGAACAUAGAUUUUACGCAUUUUUUGAUACAUAAAUGAAAUUCUUCCAAGGGACGUCCACAAUCAAAUUUGACUGGGAAACGGUUUCGACUGCUUGGCACAGAAGAUACCCAAAUCCUUACAGUAAACACGUGUUGUCUGAAGAUGUUCUUUCUCGACACAUUGAGGAUGGCGUUAUGAAGAGCAAGCGCUUACUGGUGAAGACAAAUCCUGCUCCAAAAUGGACAGUUAAAUUUGUAGGAAGUGGAAUAAAGUCUGCGUGUAUUAUUGAAGAGUCUAUGGUCGAUCCCAAGAAGAAAGUUAUGACCACCUACUCUAGAAACAUUUUUUACUUCCUAAUGGUUGUAGAGGAAAGAUGUGUUUAUUCAGUGUGCAAGACUAAUAAAAAUUGGACGGAGUGUCGCAAAGAUGCUUGGUUUAUAUCAAAUGUGUUUGGUUUGGCAAGAGCGAUCGAAUCAUUUGGGAUAGAAAGAUAUAAAAGAAAUAUAUUAAAGGCACGCCAGGGUCUUGAAUAUAUGACGGAAAGAUUGUUUCUCUCAGACCGACUCCCAUAUAAAAUUAAUGCAUCAAAUAUUGGCCAAUCCUAGUUUUUGUGUCGUAUGAAAAGAUAUUUGUAAAUAGUUAAGUAGGAAAUUGUAUUUAAUUGUUAAGAAAUUUCAUGUUUUAUAAUAUGAAAUUAAAGUGAAAUUUUGAAUUUCUUUCA